AUGGAAGUUCCCUUAAAUAGUCAAAGAGGACAUGAGCAAGUGAAUUACAUGAACAACUAUCAAAGAUAUCCAACCAGCUCUUACUCUAACAAUUAUAAUCAAGGAGUUAGGAAUCAUCCCAAUUUUUCUCAUGGGAAUCAAGAAGCUCAAAGGGGAUCUUCAUCAUUUAAUCCCCCUUUUGGCCAAUCUACUCAAGGCCAACCAUCUCCAUUGGAGCUUGCAUUAGAGAAGUUGACCAAGCACACUUCGUCUUUUGUGCAACAAAAUUUUGAUUUCAUGAUUGAAACAAGAACAAACUUAAAAAAUCAAGAUGCAAGCAUAAGAAAUCUCGAAGCUCAAAUUGGCCAGCUUUCCAAGCAAACAAUAGAAACUUCUAUGAGGCCAUUUUCGAGCAAUACAAUAGUGAAUCCAAAGGAAGAUUGCAAGGUAAUAACUUUAAAGAGUGGUAAAGAUGUAGACCUUGGGCCGAAAGCGAGACGAUAUGAAGAUGAGCUGAAAAGAAAAGAAGAGAAUGUGGGUGAAGAAAAGGACAAUGAGGAAGUUGUUGGAGAAGAGGUUGAAGAUUCCCCAACACUUGAAAAAGAAAAAUAUGAAGAAGUGGUGAAAGAAGGAAGGCAACAAAAAGGGAAACUUAUAGAUGAGAAGUCACAUUGGAAAAAGAUCAACAAACAACUCUUUGAGGAGUAUGAGAAGUCACAAGAGAUUCCAUCAUUUAUUAACAUUCCUUUUUCAGAGGCUUUAGAGAAAAUGCCUUCCUAUGUUAAAUUUAUGAAGGAGCUUCUAUCAAAGAAGAGAAGGUUGCAAGAAGAUGAAACUAUGGCAUUAACAGAAGAAUGUAGUGCAAUUUUGCAAAGGAAACUUCCACCUAAACUGAAAGAUCUUGGAAACUUUAGUAUCCCAUGUACUAUUGGAAGUAUGACCAUUGGUAAGCCUUUAUGUGAUUUGGGAGCUAAUACCGAUCAAUUAAACAUCCUUAUGGACAUGGAUGAGGAUGCGGAAGUACCUCUCAUUCGUGGAAGACAAUUUUUAGCAACUAGAAGAUCAUUUAUAUUGAGAGUGCAAGAUGAAAAUGUCACCUUCAAUGUUUUUGAAGCUAUGAAGCAUUUGGAUGAUAAAGGAGCAUUGUUGACGCAUUGA